ACUAACAAAACACCACCAUCUCUCUCUCUCUCUCUCUCCACAUAUACAUACACGACAUUUUUCCGACAUAUAUAUAACUCCUAACAAAAAGGAGUUCAGAAAACAUCCAUGGCCGGCGGUUGCAGCAUCAGAGCUCUCUGGAUCCUCAACAAUCACGACGUCGUCGUCUUCUCCAGGAGGUUUCCGGUGGUGGAGAGGAGGUGGCGCACCGCCUGUAAGAGCGAGAACGAGAGCUGUUCCGACGAGAAUGUUGGAAACAAUGUGCUGCCGUUGCUUCCGACUGAUUCAGAGUUGGCUUCUGCGUUUGUGGACCGCAAAAUGAGGGAGGGGUCUGCUCGUGGGUUUGGCAUACGUGUAGCUCAGUCAGCUGAAGGGUCCGAUUCGUGGGUUGAUGAUCCAAUUACACGUCAUAUUAUAAGCCUAUAUGUUAACAAAGAAGAUGAAGGAGAGAAUCAUCUCUUAUGGCCUUUAAUUUUGCACAUAAAAGGCCAUUACUGCAUCCUUGUAUUGCCUUUAGUUGAACCUCGUCAUCUGAAGGCAUAUGCGAGAAUAUGUAAAAGACCUGAUUGUGGAAAUGCUGUUGGAAUGGAUGAAAGUUUGUCAUCCCUCCUCCUUGAUCUUCCAUCCAUCACAGGGGCCUUUAUGGUGGCACAUGCCGUAGGGGACGUAGUUGCCGGGGAUACUCCGGAGCCUGAGGUGGUUGUUAAUGUUUCUCCAUCAGUGGGGGGGUUAUUGGAUUCCCUAACUGGCAGUAUAGGAAUUUCAGGGAGAGCAAAACCUGCAGCAGCACCAGUUCCAGCUUCUUCUACUUCGAGCACUGCUCUAGGUGGGGCCGUUGCGUCAGAUGCUCCAAAUUCACGGCCCUUGGACAAAGAUACUCUUCGAAAUUUUAUUAGCAGCUCAAUGCCCUUUGGUACACCCUUGGACCUCAAUUAUUCCAAUAUUUCCGCCAUUAAGCUUUAUGGCUUUGCUUCAUCAGAUUUGCCCCCUGCAGACAGAAAACAGCCUGCUUGGAAACCAUAUAUAUAUAAAGGGAAGCAGAGAAUCAUUUUCACUAUUCAUGAGGCAGUGAAUGCUGCAAUGUAUGACCGAGAUGAGAUUCCAGAUGUCAUUUCAAUUUCUGGUCAAGUGAAUUGUAGAGCAGAACUAGAAGGUUUGCCGGAUGUUUCUUUCCCCAUGACUGGGUUGGACACAGCUCGCAUAGAGGUUUUAUCAUUUCAUCCUUGCGCUCAAGUUCCGGAGCAAGGAGUAGAUAAGCAGGCUGUGAUGUUUACACCACCAUUGGGUAACUUUGUGUUGAUGCGUUAUCAAGCUCUUUGUGGCAUUGGUCCUCCAAUAAAAGGUUUUUACCAGCUGUCAAUGGUCUCUGAAAAUGAAGGCGCGUUUCUAUUUAAGUUGCAUCUUAUGGAACGUUACAAAGCUCCUCUAACACUAGAGUUCUGCACCGUGACCAUGCCUUUUCCUAGGCGAAGAGUGGUUUCGUUUGAUGGGACGCCUUCUGUUGGAACAGUUUCAACAACGGAGCAUUCAGUUGAGUGGAAAAUUAUAACAAGUGGAAGAGGUAUUAGUGGUAAGAGCAUUGAAGCAACUUUUCCCGGAACAGUUAAGUUUGCACCAUGGCAAACACAAAGAUCGAUAUCCUCUGGGUCAGUCUUGGGAAGUCUUGCUGGUGAAGACAGUGAUACAGAACCCGAGGCCACUAAUAGUUUGGUGAAUGUAGAGGAGUUUUUAUUGGAAAAGAUGAAUAAGGACCUCCAAGCAGUUGACCUCGAGGAGCCAUUUUGCUGGCAGGCCUACGAUUAUGCUAAAGUAUCUUUCAAGAUCGGGGGGGCAUCCUUAUCUGGAAUCUCCAUUGAUCCAAAAUCUGUAAGCAUCUUUCCAGCUGUAAAAGCACCGGUGGAGUUCUCAAUUCAGGUUACCUCUGGGGAAUAUAUAUUGUGGAAUACAUUAGGGAAAUGUCCAUCUGCUGCCACUACAAAAGUAUAGGGGUCAAAUCGGGAUGUCAAGUGAUGUGUAAAAAUCUUUUGGCAACGAUGAUGUGUGUUGUCUGAUUGACUAAAGCUUUGCAGUUCUCAAACAAAAAAAAUCUUAUCAGGGAGGGAGAGAGGGGCACGCCAUGCUCGGGGCAUCAGUUUGCUUCACUCCAACCAUGAUUAGCCUCGAGUAUUUGUUUUUCAUGGGAACUUGAGGGAAAGAUAGGUAUUGAUGUUGACUUGUGUUUCAUGAAAACAAGAUUACCGUGAUCCAUGGGCGUUGCGAUUCAUGGGUUGAAGAUCAGUUUUGAUAAAGCUUGGAGCCACCUAGCAACACGAGGUUGAGCCACACAGGCAAGUCAACAUUUCUUUCCACUUAUUUGCCCUUAUUGUAAUGUUAUCCAUUGGUAUUCAUUGUUGUAAUUUUGCCAUUUGUUUGAGUGAUGGUUCCCAUGGUAGAUAACAUUCUUUUUGGUGAAGGAAAUAUUGUUCGGAUUGUUUUCGACAAAACGUGAACGUAAGACGAAAGAGGAAUUCUUGUAAUCGUGAAGUCUUUAUAUCAUAUUGCUGAGUGUAUUCUUCUAUGU